UAAUUGUAUUUGAUAAUCGUGGAAUUGGAGAAUCAACCGUUGCUUCUUAUGAUGACCCUAUCACGAUUGAAUUAAUGGCUCAAGAUACAAUUGAAUUAAUUAAACAUCUUGGAAUUAAAAGAUUUAAUUUAUGUGGAGGGUCUAUGGGUGGCAAUAUAGCACUCUGUACUGCCCUGAACGUCCCUUCAGAUCUUAAGCUGGAGAAAUUAAUUAUUGGUUCAAG